CAACCGGAAGUCUCCCCCUUAUUCUUGCCAGCUUCACACUGCUCUGAACCAGGACCUAGUUGGAAUUAUUUUUUUAAUGUUAUGUUUCGCUCUGUGUUAUGUUCUUUUGAGCAACAUCUGUUUGCAGAUUCACCAUGGAAGAUCAGGAGAUGCAGCUUAAAGUAAAGAGAGUAACCGACAAAUUUACCGAGAGUAUGUAUGUACUUGCUAACGAGCCGUCCGUGGCACUUUACCGACUACAAGAACACGUUCGCAGAUCUCUCCCGGAGCUGGUGCAGCAUAAAACCGAUAUGCAAAGCUGGGAGGAACAGAGUCAAGGAGCCAUCUAUACUGUGGAGUAUGCCUGCAGCGCUGUCAAAAGCAUGGCUAAUAGCAGCUUCUACUUCAAGAGCAUCGAGGGGCUGCUCCAUCAAGCGAUAACAUUGAAAGACCACAUCAGCACAGCCCAAGGGCGCAGCUGCCGUAGUGAUGUUACUCCCUCUCCCAGUCCCCUUGCCUCUCCACCCAAGUCCCCCUCCUCCUCCUCCUGACCUCUGGGAAACCCAGGAAGCGCACUGUGGACGCCACUGUAUCAAAAGAUGGAGGAGAGAGACCAAACGCCGGGGUCUAGGGCUGUGACGUCGCCAGUGUGUUUCACUUCUGGGGGAAUGCCAUCGCCUUGACAAGCGACAGGGUGGGAAUCUCCUCGCUGUGUGGUUUUUCGCAGAGGCUGCCUCAGGGUGCGCCAUUCAAAUAACCCAUAGUUCAUAUGCAGACGUGGAAAGUUCAGGUCCAGAAAGUAGAAAUCCAGACCGAGAUUUUGUUCCGACCAACCAGUUGAGUACUCUGCGCAUGUGACUUUUUAUGCUCAACUGGUUGAUUGAAACAAAAUCCUGGUCUGGAUCUGUAGUUUCUGAACCUGAACGUUGCACCCCUGCUCAUAUGUAAGGAAAUGAACAGAUUGAAUUGUAUAUUAAUGGUAAUAAAGGCAAAUCUACAAAGUAACUCAGCUCAUUGUUCACUGAUGUAUCAUGUUUAGUAAGUCAGUUGUAACCUUAGUAUCAGUGCAGGUACAUGUAGUUACUUUUUUAUUAAAAAAUAUGAAAUUUUCCCA